AUGCUAUUUUGCGUGCGCUGGCGACAUAAAAUAGAAGCUGUCCUUGUGUGCAUUGUUGAGUUUGACCUGGCAAGUGGCUAUGGCUGGGCGCCUGGCAGUAUGCAACGCUUUGUGCGGAGGCAAUUUUUGCUGGUGUUGCUCUGCUUGUGUCUUUGCAUACCCAUUGUUAUGGACAUUUGUGAAUAUGAUUUGAUCAAGUCAUUGUGCAACUGGAGCACCUAUGUGGCACCCAAUGCCAUAAGCAACAGCUCACUGGUGUGUUACUAUACGCUACUCCAUGGUAUUUUUAUGCGACUGCAAUGCUUGAAUUCAACGCUGGAGACACAGCUGGCAGAGCCAUCGUCUGCACUGGAAUUAAGGCGUCUGCUGCACAAGCUACGCUGGCAACACAUAAAACUUUUAAGUUUUACAAAAAAAUUAAAUCAGACAUACGGCGUGUGCCUGCUGCUGAUCUACACAAGUUCAUUUGUUAGCUCCAAUUGCAUGAUAUUUUUGUGCUACAAGAGCAUAGCAAAUCCUAUCGAUGCUCACUGGUCUUGGUAUGGCUAUAUAAUUGUAUGGGUUAGCAUGCAUUGGAGCAAAAUGUUUGGCAUCUUAUAUUUCAACAAUGCUGUGCAACAAGAGCAAACUCGCAGCUUAAGUUUAUUAAGCAAGCUGCAAACAGAUUGUGUGCAGUUAACUGAAACUAUUAAUCAUUUUGAGCUGCAGCUUAAAACGGAUGUACGCGCUCAUGUUGCAUGUGAUCUGAUUGUUUUGGAUUUAAGAUUUAUAACAGGACUACUAAUGGCCAGUGCUAAUGUGUUUAUAUUCUUUUUGCAAUACGACAUCACAUAUCACGCAUUAUUUCAACCUGAUCCGCAUUCGUAAUGCGCGCGCAUAU